AAUUUCAUUUGCGGCUAAGUUUGUUCGAAUCGUUUUCGGUUUCUUGUUCCUUUCGAUUUCCUCGAGGAUGGUUUGCUUGGUUUCUCGUACCGGAAGGGACUUGCAGCGUUACGACAACCUCGGACGCCGCCAAGUCGUCGGAUGCAUUCCCUAUAGAUUCAAAUGCAGCAAUGAUGGAACCAUUACUGAUGAGUUGGAGGUUCUCUUAAUAUCUUCACAGAAAGGUCAAAAGAUGAUGUUUCCUAAGGGUGGUUGGGAGCUUGAUGAAUCCAGGGAAGAAGCUGCUUCAAGAGAGUCGGUUGAAGAAGCAGGAGUUAUUGGCAAUGUUGAGUAUGAAUUGGGGAAAUGGUACUUUAUAAGCAAAAGCCAUGGCACAUUUUAUGAAGGUCACAUGUUCCCUUUGCUUGUGAAGGAGGAACUCGAUUUCUGGCCGGAGCAGCAUGUUCGUCGACGGACUUGGAUGAAUGUGACAGAAGCGAGGGAUGUCUGCCAGCAUUGGUGGAUGAAGGAAGCAUUGGCCAUAUUUGUUGAAAGACUGAGUUCCUUGCAGCAAUAGAAAGAAAAACAUUUC